CAGAAAGCCGUCAAAGCAAAGCCACGUUUCGGAUUGUCCGACAUUAGCCCCGCGAAAACUGGAUGCCCCCAAACCGCAGAAGUUUUACUGAUGGGCGUUCAUCGCUAACCUCCAGCCGCAUCUGCUCGACACCUCAGCGGUAUCUUUUGGCUCUGAUGUUACUAGCUGAACAGUGACCACUGCCUGCCCAAGGACACCUGCUGCCCAAUUCCCCUCACCAUGUCUGCGAUCCAUCAGGUGCCAUGGUCAUCUGGCACAGAGUGCGUUGCCAAGUAUAACUUCAAACCUGGCACUGAACAGGACCUGCCUUUCUGUAAAGGAGAUGUACUGACCAUCAUUGGAGUCACCAGGGAUCCAAACUGGUACAAAGCAAAAAACACAGUGGGCAGAGAGGGCACCAUUCCGGCCAACUACGUCCAGAAACGGGAAGGAGUGAAAUCAGGAGGGAAGCUCAGUCUUAUGCCAUGGUUUCAUGGGAAAAUCACUCGCGAGCAGGCGGAGCGUCUCCUCUACCCCCCUGAGACGGGGCUUUUCCUGGUGAGGGAGAGCACCAACUACCCUGGCGAUUACACCUUGUGCGUCAGCUGCGACGGCAAGGUGGAGCACUACCGCAUCAUCUACCACAACGGCAAACUGACCAUCGACGAGGAGGAGUUCUUUGAGAAUCUCAUGCAGUUGGUUGAGCACUACACCAAAGACGCUGACGGGCUUUGCACCAGACUGAUUAAACCCAAAUUGAUGGAAGGGACAGUGGCGGCACAGGACGAGUUCUCCAGGAGUGGCUGGGCCUUGAACCGAAAAGAACUAAAGCUGCUUCAGACAAUUGGAAAGGGGGAGUUUGGAGAUGUGAUGGUGGGAGACUACAGAGGGACCAAGGUGGCUGUCAAGUGUAUCAAAAAUGAUGCCACAGCACAAGCUUUCAUCGCCGAGGCCUCUGUCAUGACGCAACUGAGGCACAACAACCUGGUGCAGCUGCUCGGUGUUAUUGUGGAGGAGAGGGGCAGCCUCUACAUCGUCACAGAAUACAUGGCCAAGGGCAGCCUAGUGGACUACCUGCGCUCCAGAGGACGGACUGUUCUUGGUGGGGACUGCUUGCUAAAGUUCUCACUUGAUGUGUGCGAAGCCAUGGAGUACCUGGAGGCCAACAACUUCGUCCACAGAGACCUUGCAGCUCGGAACGUGCUCGUGUCUGAUGACAACAUCGCCAAGGUCAGCGACUUCGGUCUCACCAAGGAGGCCUCCUCCAUACAGGACACUGCCAAGCUGCCCGUCAAGUGGACCGCCCCAGAAGCACUGAGAGAGAAGAGGUUUUCCACCAAGUCGGACGUCUGGAGUUAUGGAAUCCUUCUUUGGGAGAUUUACUCCUUCGGCCGCGUGCCUUACCCUAGAAUUCCACUAAAAGAUGUGGUGCCCCGGGUGGAGAAGGGGUACAAGAUGGACGCCCCGGACGGCUGCCCGCCUGUGGUCUACGACCUGAUGAAGCAGUGCUGGACCUUGGACCCCGCCAUGCGGCCCUCCUUCCGCAUGCUGAGGGAGAAACUGCAGCAUAUCAGAGCCAAGGAGCUGUACCUGUAAAAAGCAGCUGUGGAGGCAGGGAUUGAGAGGGGAUGAGGAGCAGCCCUGUACAGACGGAUCAUGGGAGGAGGAGGAGAAGAGGGACCACAGCACCUUCCUCCUGCUUGCCAAACCAAGGGACUGCCAAACCGUGUUCCCUCCCCUGACCUCAGGCUCCACCCUGCUUUCUCACUAGGACUGUUUUCCUGUUUGUGUUGUAUAGCUUUGCCAAGCAGCUUCCUCACAUCUCUUCUUCGUCCUCCUUCACCUGCCAUUGUUUGCUCGCGCUCUGUAACCUGGUCCGAGCUGCUCUUCCUCAUCCACUUGCAUCAUGCCUUUUCUUUCUUUAUUUUUUUUCACCUCCUCUUCCUCCUGAAACGUGGCAUUAACUGGAGGAGGGGCUGGCCUUUUCCUCCACGUUCGUCAGGUGCUCUCUUCUUCACCCCCAACCUUUGUGAUUUUAAAAAAAAAAUUUUAAAUCAUUCCAGUAUCCAUGCAUCACCACGUGGCUCUGCAUGCCAGCUCUGUCAUUCCAUCCUUCCAUCCCUCGACCCUCUGCUGUGUUGUCAGGUGGAGGGGGGGGGCUUCGCUCUGUGCCAAAGUGCCUCCAGUCUACAGAGCUCCACAACCCUCCACUGCUUAAUUGGACUGUUGAGGUGUCAUUUUUUAAUUAUUAUUUUUUAAUUUCUUUCUCUUCAGGGAGGUCAGUAAAUGUUUUUUUAUUACAGUCUCCCAACAACUCCACCAUUUCUAUCUUUUGUUUUGUUCAUUUUUUUUCUCCCCUAAGAAGAGCACAUGAACAGGAAGAAUUGUUUAGCGAGGGGCGGCAUCAUCUUCAUCCUGCUGCCAAGGCAGCCCCGAGUGGCGGCGUGGGGUGAUUACGGGAGAAGACUGGGGCAGGAGAGGCACUUCACACACAUGGUCGAUUCAUCAUACGUGGGCUUGUUUUUAUAUCAAAAAUAUAUUUAAAGGUUUAAAAGAAAAGACCAAGAGAAAACUGACCGGGACGGGACAGAGAAGGAGGACUCUGAGAAGCCAGGAAGUGACUUUUUGUUCUGGAUGCUUGGCGUCCCUGAACUCUGGGGUCGGGGUGGUGCAUGCUGUGUGUGAGAGGCCUUGGGUUCAGCUGUCAGUGCUUUCAAUGUUCAUUGUUUUAUUAUGCUAUCAUGACUAUGAAUAAAUCAUUCCAUCUGAACAGUG